UUCAGUCUUGCUUUGUGGUGUGUCGCCCUUUCCGGUCACGGUGCCCAUUUGUUUAUCAAACGCCUCUGAACGCGUUUAUUUUUCUUAGUUCAAGAAGUGAGCACCGCAGUCGGUGUGCUUCUGUCCAGAACGCGAGGACUGUACGACGGCUCAUCACACAGAUACAGAAGGGACAUUUCUAUUAAAAUGCAGAUUAGAUUAGAUUAUAUUACGAGCAGUCAGUGUGGUUUGAAUGCGAUAUGAGGGAUUCGACUGCAAAAUAAAUGUGAUUAUAACCUCCACGCAGUGUAGUCUGCUGCUGCGGAGGCUGCGCAUCAACAUGCUCGCACUUAGAAGGGAUAUUCAUAUACUGGAGUAUUGUGAAGGAUUUUCUAAAUGGUGGUAUUUAAAACUCAUUUUUUUUAAAAAUAACUCAUGCAAUGCAAGCCGUUUCUCGACGUUCUGUUACCGGAUGCUCGGUGUCUAGGAGGGGAUUGGAAAACUUCGCUUUUGGCUGAGUGAUUUGUUUAUGAAGAAAAGCACACUGUCGAUUUAAAUCUACGUUGAAGCUGAGAUUCUCGUUUUCUUUCAGGCCGGGUCCUGGAGCGAGGCCUCCUGGUUGCCAUGGAGAUGGCUUCUCUGGAGCGGCAGGUGGAAAGCGUGGAGCGGAACAUCAGCUUCCUGCGCAAGGAGCAGUUGGCUCUGCUGCACGGGCUGCACCUGGAGAUCCUAACCCUGCAGAAACAGUGUGCUGAGCUGACUUGUGAACUUGAUAAGAAGCCUCCUGAAAGAAGCCAAGCAGAGGCAGAAGAGCAGCUGCGGGAGGAGCUGGCUGCGCGGUACCGACGGGCCGAGGCUCGCCUCGGAGACCAGGAGCGCGGCAACGAGGAUCUGCGCAAGGAGCUGAGCCACAAAGGGGCGCUGGUGGGGGCGCUGCGGAGCAGCCUGAAGGAGAAAGAGCGCCGCUUCCUGGAGGAACUGAAGCGGCGCAGCCACAGGGUCACCGUGCUCAACACUGAGCUGCAGAAACAGUCCGAGACGGCCGCCUAUCUCUCCUUCCAGCUGCACGUCGCGCGGCAGAAACUGCACAGGCAGCCCCCCACCACCACCCUCCCCCCGCCAAACCUCAAGCCCAAGAGACGCAGUCACAAGCAGUCAGCACAUGCCCUGGCGGCUAGCGAGCUCCGUUCAGAGCGAGUCUGGGACUGCGUGCCCAGGGAGAAAGUAACCGGCCCGGAAGAGCCCCGCGCCAUGCCCGACCCCGCCCUGUUUCUCUACCCCCGCAGGCACCGGCACCGGCAGCACAGCCACAGCAGCCAGGCUGCAACGCCCCCUGCUGGGCACAGGAGAGCCAAGGCACAGCGUGAUGGAACCAGGGCAGGAGAGGGAGCAGAGGCAGGGGAGACAGUCUCUGGAGGCCAGGGGGAGGUGGAGGAAACAGAGAUGCUGCCCCCUGCAGGAGAAGAGGAAGAUGAAGCAGAGCAAUAGACUGUGCAUUAUAACCCCCCCGCCCCCCGCCCCCCCAUUAGAUGAGUAACCGCACUGUAACCACUGUAGCCUAGGGGUGUGCAGACAGCUGAUCCUUGUGUUCCUAAGAUUUUAACAUGUGUUUUCUCUUUAUCACCGUGGAGCUGAAGUUUUCUAAUAAUACAUUUUCCUCACACUCUAUAUAGAGCAGUCUUCCGCCCAGGGUAGAUGGGUAGCUGUUGACAUCCCCUAAUUUUUCUUUGCUGGGCAGAGUCUUCCCUACUUUAAUAACAGAGUCUAAUAGCUCCUUUGAAAGGUACACUCUGUCGAGCACAGAAAGCAUUGGGGGCUCAAAAUCAUAACUAAACAUACAGAAGGUAAUUGUAGUUUAGUUCUGCUGCCACCCAGGACAUGAUUGUGAAGAACCAGUUACUGCACCCUGAAGAGCACAGCACACACAGUGGAGAACACAGGAAGGAGUGCUGCUGGCACCCCCUGCUGGCAUGAAGAACAACAGCAGGUUUUAAAAUAUUUAUAUUGCAUUAUUGAUUAAUAGGUUGUUGAAAGAAUACAACAUAUAAGCAUUAUAUUCCAACUAAAUAAGACCAAUAUACUGUAUUUAGAAAUAAAUAUAUAUAUAUAUAUAUAUAUAUAUAUAUAUAUAUAUAUAUAUAUAUAUAUAUAUAUAUAUAUAUAUAUAUAUAUAUAUAUAUUGUAAUAUGAGAAUAGGCCAAUGGAGAAGUGAAGUCGCUUUUGUAUACCUGUUGUUGUUUAUUUGUUAGGUUCAAAUCUGGUUGGAUUCAGAAGAUCCUGCAUACUUUUUGAUCGUAGAUCUGCAGUGAAAAGCUUCCCUGUACUGUAAUGGUAAACUUCAGGACUGCAGGACAAACCUAAGAGCAGUUCAAUUAAACACAGAGGGAGUUACAAUCCCUGUAACAGUGCAGACAACCCACUGGGGCUAAAGGAGUGCUAACUGGACCGGCCUCAAUGGGCUGAACAACCUCAUCUCUGCUUUGAAUGUUUUUUUCCAGGACCUUUUUAAUUACUGCAGCUAUGGAGGAGGAGAAGUUUCCAGCAAGACGUCAUUAACCCUGUAGAGGCUGCAGCCGAGUCAGCAGCACAAACAGCAACAGCUGAAGAUUGCAGUGAUGAGUGAAAUAGAGGGGUGGGCUUUUUAACAGCUAUCUGGAAUGUAUAGAACCUGCUUUCUGUUUCCCAGCAAUAACGGCACUCCUUUCAGCACCCGUAUAAAUGCAGUACUAAGCGCCCUGCAGAGAUCUUCUCCGCUCAUUUCCCUGAUCACUACAAUACUUCUCUUCCUGCUGCUUAUCUUCAUGCCUUUUAGUACCGCGCACACUGUGGCUGCUUGACCAGAACGGCCCCUGUACCUGUAUUGUAAUAAACUUCAUAGUUGAUUAA